CGAUUGCAAAAAAAGGAUAUCUAAACAUGAGAGGAUCAACGACUUUUCUGGUUCUCCUGCUGGUCAUCUGCUCAGCAGGUCAUCCUCACUCCCAUCCAUCUUUGCUCAAGCCUCCCCCUCAUCAGCAGCAUGCCACCACCGAGGCUGACAUCAUCUCUUUCCUCAUCUUCCUCUUCAUCAUCCCAAUGCCAUGGCAUCACUGCAUCGCAGGGCUCCGCCAUUCAUCAGUAGCAUCAUCAUGUCAUCAGCAUGUCAAGACCUGCACCCCUCCAUGUCCUAACACCACUAUCGACAUGGAGGCCCGUCAUCCGUGAUAUCACAUGACCAUCAUCAGCAUGCCUGUCCACGGUGUCCAAGUGAACCCUGUUCAUAGUAAUGGUAGCAGUUCCAUUACAAUCCACGCGCUUAGCCGAGCCUCAGAGUUAGCGUUCCUGAAGGAGCCCAGUGAUGUCAUCGCCGUGCGGGACCGUCCACUGAUGCUGGACUGUGAGGUGGAGGGCGAGGGGCCCAUCACCAUCACCUGGCGCAGGAACGGAGUGGCCGUGCCCCUGGGCGUGAGGACGGAGGUGCUGCCCACCGGCGCGCUCCUCAUCCGCAGCUUCCAGAAGCGCAGGGAGAGCAACGAGACGGACGCCGGCGAGUAUGAGUGCGCCGCCCAGAACCGCUACGGCAUGCUAGUCAGCCGCAAGGCCCGCGUCCAACUUGCAUCGCUGCCCAAGUUUCACACACACCCAGAGUCCAUGGCUGUGGACGAGGGAGGUGUGGCUCGGUUCCACUGUGCUGUGAACGGAAUCCCCGAGGCCAGUAUCACCUGGGAGAGGAACAGGACCACCCUCAAUACGGACAAUAGCAGGUACACUCUCCUCCCAACAGGCAUCCUGCAGAUCACCGGCGUGCGGAAGGCAGACAUGGGUUUCUACCGCUGCAUGGCUGUGAACAUCGCCAACACGCGCUACAGCCACGAGGCCCAGUUCAUAGUGACCGCUGCGGGAUCUCGCAGUUACAAGGACCCGGUGAUCCUGUCCGGUCCCCAGAACUUGACCAUCAACGUCCACCAGACAGCCAUUCUGGAGUGUAUCGCCACAGGGAACCCCCGGCCCAUCGUGUCCUGGAGUAGACUGGAUGGUCGCUCCAUUGGAGUGGAGGGCAUCCAGGUGCUGGGUACGGGGAACCUGAUGAUCUCGGACGUGUCGCUGCAGCACUCGGGGGUCUACGUCUGCUCCGCCAACAGGCCCGGGAGCAGGAUGAGGCGUACGGCGCUGGGCAGGCUUGUUGUUCAAGCUCCCCCUGAGUUCCUGCAGUGGCCGCAGUCUGUGUCCCGACCACUGGGUGGCAGUGCUGUGUUCUCCUGCUCAGCCCAGGGAGUGCCAGAGCCCCACCUCAUCUGGCUCAAGAAUGGCAAGAUCCUAACCCCAGGAGACAAUGUCAAACUCACCAACAGCAACAGCACCCUGGCUGUGACCCGCAUCACCCCAGAAGAUGAGGCCAUCUACCAGUGCAUCGCUGAGAACAGCGCCGGCACCAACCAGGCCAGUGCCCGUCUGGCCGUGUCCAUGUCCAACGACCUGCCCCAGGCACCCCAGGACCUGAUAGCCACCCCGCUGUCCACCACCAGCCUCCAGGUCGCCUGGGCUCAGCCCACGCCCGAGAUCACCGACGGCAUCAUUGGAUAUGUGCUUCACAUCCGCAUGCUGGGAGAGCCCGACAGCAAAGAGCUGCAGGAGGCAGUCAGUAAGACCACCUUCAAGCACGAGUUUGAGAACCUGGAGCCAGCCACCACCUACUCCAUCUACCUCAAGGCCUACUCUCCACUGGGGGCCAGCCAGCAGUCCAACACCAUCAUCACCACAACACUAGGGGGCGUUCCCACAAUGCCGAGUUUCUUCACCAAGGUGCUGAAUAAGACGGCUAUGCAGGUGUUCUGGGAGCUGCCCAGCAAGCCGGGGAAGGUGCAGGGCUUCAAGCUCUCCCACCGCAUGGUGCCCGAGGAGGACUUCAAGGCCCAGGAGCUCUUUCCCAGCCACAUCAACACACACACCAUCUCACACCUCGAGCCUGCAGCAGUGUAUGAAAUCCAGCUGGUGGCCUACAAUGGCAACGGGGACAGCAUCGGCAACAAGCGACUAGUAUCUCUGGCUGAGAGCGGCACCAGCGCCAAGGCUUCCAAUGGAGGGCAGAGUGUGUGUAACUGCCAGCAGGACAGCGACGGCUCCAUGACUGGCAUUGUGGUUGGCAUUCACAUUGGCAUGGCCUGCAUCAUCUUCUGUGUGCUCUUCCUCAUGUUUGGAUACCGCCGCAGUUUCUUCUGCAGGAAGGGGACCCAGGACAGCUGGGCUCUGCCCCAAGCAGGGGGAGGACAGGUGGGGCUGAGGGAGGUGGUUCCCAAACCAGGAAUAGUCUGUCCCACAGAGGCCAUUGAGUUAGUGCUGCAGAGGCAGAACUCCAGUCAGGGGAGGACUGAAGAGGCCCAGCCAGGUCUGGCGCAGUGCCAGGUCCUGAUUGAGCAGCAGCCAGGCGGUCAGCUUGGCACAGGCACUGGUUAGGGGUGGCAACGACACAACCUCACCCUUUACCCCUUUCACCCAACCUAUCCCGUACCCUCCCCCACCCCCCCCCCCCCACACACACUGUAUUUUGCCUAACCCCCCUGGUGGCUGCGUACACAGUGAGAGCUUCUCCACAUCCACUGCCCACCAAAGCCUUAGCCUUGCAGUAGUCUGACCAUACAGAGAGAAAGAGAGAUAAAGAGAGAGAGAGAGAGAGAGAGAGAGAGAGUGAGAGAGAGAGAGCAGUCUCUUGUAGCUGCGUCUAUGAUAUUGAGAGCAGGAUCUUAUUCUGGACCAUCCUGGGUAUGCCAGAGAUGCGCAUGUAACCUGAUGGGCUGAAUAGAGUACUUUGUACCUCAAACCAUUUAAUGUUAUGAAUGUAAUAGGAGUACCUGAGGAGACAGGCAGUGUUCAGUUUUUCAAAAUACCUCAGAUCUUCUGGUCUGAAGCCAAAGUGUGAUUUCAAAACACUCUUUAGUCCAAUGCACAGUAUCUCAUUAUACUGAACAGAUUUCAUUUAAAUUAUUAAAAUGGAAGGUGACAUCUUGAUGAUUUGUCUCUGAAGGUAAUGAGCGUUGCGCUUCUUCUUCCACCAUACUGCAUGACCCAGGAUGUGUCUGUCAAAACCAAAAUAGUUGUUGAAAACCUGCUCGCUUUAGAAAUGUUCUUGCCACUGGUGCCGUACUCUUCAACAUUCAGGUUGUACCAAAAAUACAGACAUACUGAGGCCUUUAAAGAGUUUAUAAUAAUACUAAUACAGAUUCUACAAAUUAUUGGAUGUGCGUGACUUGAUACGAUUAAUGGAUGAGUCUUCAGUUUUUCUCUUUCAGUUCAGUUGUUUUAGUGGUUUUAGUUCAGCUUUCAAUUAGCUGAUGGUAGUCGUUAAGUGAAG